UUUGUCUCCGCGAAGAUUCAUCGAACCAAAAGCCUCUCUUCUUCAUUUCUGACUCUCAGUAACAUCAACUCGCUUUCUCCUUCCUUUGGUCUCCCUCUCUCUCUCUCUCUCUCUCUCUCUCUCUCUCUCUCUCUCUCUCUCUGUCUGUCUCUCUCUCUCUCUCUGUCUCUCUCUCGAGGCAUCGCCGGAAGGCAGAAGCUCACCUUCCUUCUUCACGGAGGCCGUCGACGAUCUACGCGUUGCGGCGUCUAUUUCUUAGUUACAGAAACAAAUUCGGUUUCCGCGUCUGUCGUAUUUCAGAGAUUCGCUAUCUACUUUGCAGGUGCAUUUUGGUAGCCAAAAAUUAUGGCGUCUCUGAAAGACCUGCUUCCUGCUGUAAAGUCAACAGCUGUGACACAGUACGAUCACUCAAAUGAUCCAUGGUUCAAGCAGCGGUUAAGUUCAUCAGAAGCAGAACAAACUUCUGUUGUUAAGGCCAAUCCUGUACCACCUUACUUGAAGCGUAGUGGAUUUAUUCCUCGGAAAGUAGAGGAUUUUGGAGAUGGUGGUGCUUUCCCAGAGAUUCACAUUGCUCAAUACCCACUCGACAUGGGUAGAGACAAAUCAUCAAAGCCUGGAUCAAAGAUCCUUCCUGUUACGGUGGAUGCCCAUGGAAAUGUUGCAUAUGAUGCCAUUGUAAAACAGAAUGAAAAUUCUAAAAAGAUUGUUUAUUCACAACAUAAAGACCUCAUUCCAAAGAUCUUGAAGACUGAUGAAGAGAAUGAUGAGGAUGAAGAGAUGCAGAAAGAGAUUGAAGAAACAACCGAGGAAACGAAGUCUGCACUUGAAAAGAUAGUGAAUGUAAGAUUGAGUGCAGCUCAGCCUAAAAAUGUAGCCAAGCAAUCAUCAGAUUCAAAAUUUAUCAAGUAUAAGCCAUCUCAGCAAUCAGCAGCUUUUAAUUCAGGUGCCAAGGAGAGAAUCAUUAGAAUGGUGGAAAUGCCAGUAGAUCCACUCGAGCCUCCAAAGUUCAAGCAUAAGCGUGUUCCUAGAGCUUCUGGGUCUCCUCCUGUGCCAGUCAUGCAUUCCCCUCCUCGUCCUGUCACCGUGAAGGAUCAACAGGAUUGGAAGAUUCCACCUUGUAUUUCAAAUUGGAAGAAUCCGAAAGGUUAUACAAUCCCACUUGACAAGCGUCUUGCAGCUGAUGGCAGAGGCCUUCAAGAAGUUCAAAUCAACGACAAUUUCGCAAAGCUAUCUGAAGCAUUGUAUGUUGCAGAACAGAAAGCAAGAGAAGCAGUUGCAAUGAGAUCUAAGGUUCAGAAAGAAAUGCUUAUGAAGCAGAAGGAGAAGAAGGAAUUGGAGCUUCGAGCCUUAGCUCAAAAGGCUCGGUCUGAGAGGACUGGUGCUGCACCUCCGCCUGCAGUUUCUUAUCCAUCUGAGAGGAGCACUGCAGAUAGAGACACUUCUGAGAUGAAAGAGGAGUUCGAGCAUAUUAGAGAAAAAGAGAAGGCUUUAUCAAAGGAGACGAGGGAAGAAAGGGAAGAGCGAUUGCAGCGUGAGAAGAUUCGUGAGGAACGACGUAGAGAGAGGGAAAGGGAAAGAAGGUUGGAAGCCAAAGAUGCAGCAAUGGGGAAGAGGAGUAAGAUUACAAGAGAUAGAGAUCGUGAUAUUAGUGAGAAGGUUGCACUUGGAAUGGCUUCUACCGGAGCAGGUAGAGAGGGAGAAGUUAUGUAUGAUCAGAGGCUAUUUAACCAAGAUAAAGGAAUGGACUCGGGAUUUGCCAACGACGACCAGUACAAUAUAUACGACAAGGGCUUAUUUACCGCUCAGCCCACUCUCUCAACCCUUUACAGACCUAAAAAAGAUGCCGAUUCUGAUAUGUACGGAGGUGCUGACGAACAGUUAGACAAGAUUAUGAAGACCGAUCGCUUCAAACCAGACAAGUCAUUUUCAGGCACUGCAGAAAGGUCUGGACCUAGAGACAGACCGGUGGAGUUCGAAAGAGAAGUCGAAGAAGCCGAUCCAUUUGGACUGGAUCAGUUCUUGACUGAAGUGAAGAAAGGUAAGAAAGCUAUGGAUAAAGUUGGCAGUGGUGGGACAAUGAGAGCCAGUGGUGGUUCAUCAACGCGAGACGGCUAUGAUGGUGGCUCCGGUAGAAGUCGCAUUGGAUUUGAAAGAGGGCAUUAGAAGGUGGAAAAGUUGGCAUCCCGAUCAGGAGGAGUACUCUUCGGAGAAAAUGGUGCCUUUGAGGAAACUAACGAAGAUCAACGGUCGUCAC